GUUUAAAAUUAUUUUGUGCUCUCUCGUAUCGUAUGUACAAAAACAUUUCAUAGAUAUGAUAAGUAGUAGUACAUGAGAUAGAUACGAUUUGGCUACAGUUUCGGCUUCUCUUUUUUUUCUCGUCCACCAACAUAAACUAGUUCUCUCCUCUUUUGUAGCAGCAAAACAAAUAAAAUAAAUUUUCGCAAUAUUUUCUAUUAGAGAAUCUCUCCUCUUUUAGGAUUCUUCUUUCUAUUGUAUCAGAAUCUCUCAACUCAGGUAGGAUUUGUGAGAGCUGAUUAAUAAGAUGAUGGAGAUAGCUUAUCAGCCUCGGAUUGAUUCCGAGAUCGAAUCACUAGUCGAGAGAAUCAAUCCUCCCAGGGUUUGUGUAGACAACGACUCAGACCCAGAGUGCACACUUGUUAAGGUAGAUAGCGCGAACAAGUACGGGAUAUUACUGGACAUGGUUCAAGUUUUCGCUGAUCUCGAUCUCGUUAUCUCCAAAUCUUACAUCUCAUCCGACGGUGAAUGGUUCAUGGAUGUGUUUCACGUGACGGACCAACUCGGGAAUAAGCUCACAGACCGAAGCCUUAUUCUCUACAUUCAACAGGCAAUAUGUUCUAGUAGAACGGGAGGUAUAACAAAGGAGAUGCAAAGUAAUCUAAAACGUGAGGUGCAACAGCGCCACGUGUGUACAGAGCAUACGGCGUUUGAGAUAACCGGAAUAAACAGACCGGGUCUACUGUCCGAAAUCUCUGCCGUACUUUCCGACAUUGGAUGUCACGUGACAGCCGCUGUUGCAUGGACCCACCACGAGCGAGCGGCCAUGGUGAUUUAUCUAGAAGAUGGGUUUAACGGUGGGCCUAUUAUUGACCCGAUAAGAAAGGCCCAAGUAAAAGAUCAUCUGGAUACCGUCAUGGAAGCCCAUCAUAUAGUCGGCGAUGAGUCUCGCGUCGUCGUGAGGAUCGUCGAGGCUAAAGGAGCUCCGGUCGGGUGGGCUCACACUGAGAGACGACUUCAUGAGCUAAUGUACGCCGAAGGAGACUAUGAGAGCUGCUCCGAUUGCGAUUGCUUCAGUGGUGACAGGUGCGAUGCUUUGUGGAGAGGAAGAUGCGAGAGGAUACAUGUAGCGAUCGAGGCAUGUAAUGGUUAUUCCAUGGUGAACGUUAAGUGUAGAGACAGGCCAAAACUACUUUUCGACACGGUGUGUGCUUUAAAAGAGUUACAAUUCGUAGUGUUUCACGCGGUCGCCGGAGCUAAAGGGUCCACGGCGGAGCAAGAAUAUUUCAUAAGGAAGAAGAAUGGUUGCACGUUAGAAACGGAGGUGCAAAGAGAGAGACUAAGACAUUGUUUGGUUGCUGCGAUUUCGAGACGGGCUUCACGAGGUUUGAAACUUGAGAUUCGGACGGAGAACAAGAUGGGUUUGUUGUCGGAAGUGACCAGAGUUGUGAGAGAGAACGGUUUGUCGAUAACGAGAGCUGAGAUGAGUACUCAAGGUGAUAUUGCGGUUGGUUCGUUUUAUGUUACGGAUGUGAAUGGUGGUGAGACGGAUCCAAACGCGGUCGAAGCGGUUGUACGAGAACUGGGUGGAGCGGUUGUGUCAGCGGUUAAAGCGGUUGGGAUGAUGCCAAUGAGGAUGGGUUCAACGAGUGAUAGUGUGGAGCUGCGAGACAAAACUAAGUCGUCGAUUGGGAGAAUGAUUUGGUCUAAAUUAGAGAGGUUAUCAUCGUCGAUAAAAUCGUUGUGACGUGUUUUUUAAUUAGUUUCUCUCUCGUUUUCGUGAUUAUCAUUGUAAAUAUAGCUCUGAUUUAGAGGAAUGUUUGCAGACUAUGAAAUGAAAAAUUCGUAAACUUAGUUUAAGUCUUUUA